AGGAAACAAUAUCAAAGUCCCAGACAGAAGAUACACACACAUUUAAAUUUGAAGCUCCCAUCCCCAGUAAUACAGUAUGUCCCAAUAAUAUUGUGCAUUCCCCUUGGGCUUGGCUGACUUGACUUCCACAAGACAAACCAAUUCAUGUAUAAUCAACUCUCAGUGAAGGACUAUGAUUGCCUUCCAGCUGCUAAUUCUCAAAUCACAUCAAGCUCCCUCCACAACCACAGUUGUCCUAUGAAUCCGUUGAUUAGAUGAUAGACAGAUGAAUGAAUUAUUGUUGGAAGAAUGGCGCUACAUGGAGUAAAAAAGUAGUACCAAAAAUGUUUGUUUUCUUUGGGCUUAGCCUGCCGUUUCACCACCAAAAGAAAAAAAGAAACUAGUACCAAGUUCAGAGCGUCCCAAACAAAUUCAUGAAACAAGAAGCAUUUUAUUCAUAUAUUAUAUAAUGGAGGUGUCAAAAACCCAAACGGUGGAGAAUUCCUACUGAAGAAAAGUGGUGAAGUGAAGCCUCAAGAAUUCCUUGUUUGGUUCGCCGGAAGAGGGUGGAAAGAGGGAUGAACCCUCUUCUUAAGUUACGAGUUCGCAACAAGCAAACGGCGUCGUAAGUUGCCAUCAACAAGCAAAACUAAAGAGAACGUGUUAAAAAGAGUUACAGCAAGCAACACACAUUUUAAUAUUGUAAUUAAUUAUUUUGACGAGAGUCCGAGACUUAAGUUACCAGUUACCACAAACUUUACCAGAAAAUUGCGUGCGCUGCUGUCUGCGUCUCUCUCUCCCUCUCUCUCAUAAUUCGCUUGUAAUUUGGAUACUUACUACUUUAUUAUAUUCCUAUAUUUGAGUUAGGGAUCGUACACUCAUGAACUCUCAUCGGAUGCCUUGAACGGCAGGAUCCGAUAAGGCUUCGAUUGUCGUUGAUCCGAGCUCGACCCGAUCCAUUUGGUUCCGAUCCGCGUGAGAAUUAAUUGAUUGAGCAGCACCGGCCAGCCUCUGACUCUCUGAGCAUGUUUCUGUUCGACUGGUUCUACGGUGUGCUGGCCUCCCUGGGUCUCUGGCAGAAAGAGGCCAAGAUCUUGUUCCUUGGCCUCGAUAAUGCCGGCAAGACCACCUUGCUUCACAUGUUGAAAGACGAGAGACUGGUACAGCAUCAGCCUACGCAGUAUCCAACAUCAGAGGAGUUGAGCAUUGGGAAAAUCAAGUUCAAGGCCUUUGAUUUGGGAGGUCAUCAGAUUGCUCGCAGGGUCUGGAGAGAUUACUAUGCAAAGGUAGAUGCUGUGGUGUACCUUGUGGAUGCCUAUGACAAGGAGCGGUUUGCUGAAUCAAAAAAGGAACUUGAUGCACUCCUUUCUGAUGAAGCUCUUGCCAAUGUCCCAUUUCUAAUUUUAGGGAACAAGAUUGACAUACCAUAUGCUGCCUCAGAGGAGGAGUUGCGACACCACCUUGGGCUGACCAACUUCACCACUGGCAAGGGCAAGGUAAACCUAACAGACUCAAAUGUCCGUCCAUUAGAAGUAUUUAUGUGCAGCAUUGUACGAAAAAUGGGGUAUGGUGAUGGUUUCAAAUGGCUCUCUCAAUACAUCAAGUAGGAGUAUGGUCGACAACAUGUACUACAGCCCCUUGAACUACCACAACCUGUGGCACCUUACCUCAAAAUUUUAUUCAGUCUUGUUUUAUUUAGGCCCUUAAAUUGGAUCUUUUAUUGUCUUCGGAUUUGUGUGGAAGGAAAUAUCAAUGCCACGCCUUGUAAAAAAUUUAUUUGUGGCCUCAAUCCUUCUCUUGCAUAUUUCUAUUGUUUUGGAGCAAGGAAGUAGUAGUGCUUGUCAUUACUUUGUCUGGAAUGACUUGUUUCAUCUUCUAAUUGUAGGAAGUGUUUAAGAGAUAAGCAUUCGUGCAGAUAUGUUUAUAAAAAUUCAUUA